CAUCCUUCACCUUUUCGACGAUUGCCAACCUCAAACACCUUUUCCUCUUACAGCAUACGGUCACUUAUCACUCUCUGUUCCUUGUGCCCACCUGAUCGUUCGUUCUCAACAUGAACCACUAUCCUCAAGCCUGGGGUCGACCCAGAGACGACGUCUAUGGCCCCUAUGACUCUUCCUACCUCAAAACUUCGAUGCCGACGACUCAUACACAGUCUCCUGCCGUGACAGGAACAUCGGUGUUGGGUGUUAAAUUCAAGGAUGGCGUUGUCAUUGCUGCCGACAAUCUAGCUUCAUAUGGAUCCCUCGCACGGUUCACAGAUGUCAAGCGUCUACGAACAUUCCCCCCAAACACCGUCAUCGGCUUUGGUGGCGAUGUCUCCGACAUGCAAUACCUCGACCGAUUACUACAGUCACUGGACAUUCGCGAGAACUACCUUUCCUCGAGCGAACACACUCUCAACGCCAAGAACCUUCACACAUACCUCUCCAAAGUCAUGUACAAGAGAAGAAGCGACUUCAACCCGCUGUGGAAUAUGAUGUUGGUUGCUGGUUUGGACGACGAUGAGAAGCCGUUCCUCGCAAGCGUCGAUCUACUCGGCACCACAUUUUCAAGUCCGACGUUGGCGACUGGAUUUGGCGCACAUUUAGCUCAGCCUCUUCUCCGGAAGCUUAUGCCCAAUGACGAGGAAAGCGUCAAGGACGUCACGAAAGAGAUGGCCAUUGAAGCGGUCAAGGCAAGUUUGAAAGUACUGUUCUACAGGGACGCCAGAAGUAUGGACAAAUACAGUAUUGCAGUGGUGACCAAGGAUGGCGUGGAGCUCAAGGAAGAUGAAAAGCUAGAGAACCAGAGCUGGGCCUUUGCUGAUCAGAUUCGCGGGUAUGGUACGCAGACCGCAUAGAGGGCGCCCUAGUUAGAGAUACGGACCCAAAGCCAUACACAUUACUCCGUAUAUGCACGGCGUUUGGCGAAUUCUGGUAUGUGGCCGGUGGGUUUCUGUAGGCAAAGCUAUGUUUAAUGAGAUGCAACCCAAGUUGCACUGGACUCUACGAGUGCAUCUCUCUGACUGUACUGAAAAGGCCUGGGCCCCGGGCGAGGCUGACCUGCGCAAUACCACAGUAGGCUAUGAUUGGUGAAGCCCUGGGCGUGAGUCAGUCGGCGG